UCAAAUUUGGAAUGUCGCAGACCUGGUUGUCCUGAAAGACAAGUCAGAGCAAGACAGACAUUUCUUAUUUCAUGACGACCACCGUCCCCGGCGUUAUCACUGCCGGUUUGUCUCUGGUUCACAUCCGCCACACAUCGCUUGUCACGGGAGGAUUCCGACCGCAACGAACCGUUCGGGUGUAUGCAUCGGCGACGACUCGGCGACCAGUUGUGUCAACCGAGCAACAGCCUCCAACUAAUGUCUCCAUUAACGGGAGGUUCGUAAAUAGCUCAAAAGCUGAGACCAAUACGGAACACAAAGCUGAGUCGGAAUCUGAUUCGGAGUCACACCGUUUGGGCUUAAAGGAUUACUUUGAACAGUCAAAAGAGUUGGUCAGAUCUUCGGACGGUGGACCGCCUCGUUGGUUUACGCCUUUAGACUGCGGGUCUCGCUUGGAAAACUCUCCGCUCUUGCUGUUUUUACCUGGGAUUGAUGGUGUCGGACUUGGACUUAUUUUGCAACAUCAAAGACUUGGAGAGAUUUUUGAUGUAUGGUGCUUGCAUAUUCCCGUUACAGACCAAACACCAUUUACAGGCCUGGUGAAGUUGGUUGAAAAAACAGUUAGGUCAGAGAACCGACGUUCACCAAAAAGACCCAUAUAUCUUGUUGGAGAAUCAACUGGGGGAUGCCUUGCACUAGCUGUUGCUGCCAAUAACCCUAACAUUGAUCUUGUAUUAGUUUUGGCUAAUCCAGCUACAUGUUUCAGCAAGUCCCAGCUGCAUCCUUUACUACCCUUGUUAGAAGUCAUGCCUGAGCAGCUCCGUAUUAGCAUGCCUUAUAUGUUGAGUUUAAUGACAGGUAUUCCUUCAAGUAUGGUGAUGACGACUGUCGAGAAAGGACUUCCUGUGCAACAAACACUUGGAGAGAUAUUGGAGAAUGUUAUAGCAUUGACAUCCUACGUUUCUGUUUUGACCGAUAGUUUAUCUGUAGAAAUGCUUCUCUGGAAGCUGAAAAUGCUCAAAUCAGCUUCUGCGUAUGCCAAUUCACGACUCCAUGCUAUAAGAGCUCAGACAUUGUUACUUUCCAGUGGGAGGGAUCAGUUACUACCAAGUCAAGACGAGGGUGAAAGACUUUGCAAAAUGCUGCCAAAUUGUGAGAUUCGUAAAUUUAAUGAAAGUGGUCAUGCCCUCUUCUUGGUAGGAUGCUCUCUCUCUCUCUAUAUAUAUAUAUGUGUGUGUGUGUGUGUGUGUAUUUGUCUAGGAGCAAUCUUUAUGAAACUAAUGCGCUUGUUGAUGUGCCAAUUGAAUAUUGACCGAGAUUGAUACUUUUUCUCAUGGUUCUACAGCAAGGAGUCUGACUAUACAAAUCAAUGACAUCCCAUAGAAAAACACCAAACAAGUCAAAUAAACGGCACAACGCUUUACAAAUAAUGUUUAACCUGGCUUUUUGAUAAGUUGAUGACAAAAGGUUGGCAAACUUAAGUUUUUAUCCUCAACUCAACUUGUUAAAGCAUUAUCCAAACAAAGUGGUGCCAACUACACUUCAAAUCCUUGUCUACCAGUGGUAUUGUUUGUAGAAAAAACCAAAAUCAUCUUUUGUUUCAAGUAACCCACUUCAAAAAAAUGCUUUGUCUUUCAUCAUUGUUUUAAGUGCACAAUCUAUGCCAUAGGACAUUUCAGGCCCCAAACCCUAUUGCAAUAAUAGGAGCCUGUGAUCUUUGCCCAUGCAAAAAAAAAAAAGGAAAAAAAGAUAACACAAUCUGUAAAGAUAACCAUAGUGGAUAUCAUUCCAAAAUUUUCUGCCAUUGGAUGAGCACUUGCUUCCCUAGAUUUUAUGAUGUGAGUGUUAGUGUACCAUUCCAUUGUUUGCUAGCUGCUGUGUUCGUCUGUGGAUGAUUGAGGUAGAAGAUUUCUGCCACAGUUUGCCACCAACUUGCUUAGCUGAUAUUUUACUGUUGUCCUUGAGAUACAUUGAAUGUUAUUAAAAAAUAAAUUGCAACCUUAAAAUGAACCUUUUGGAACUUACUAUUUUGUAGUGAUUUGUAUUGGAUUAAAGUUUCCAAUAGCAAGG